AUGGUUCAUUUUGAUACGUAUAGAGAGCAAAUGGAUGCGUUGUCUGAAACUUCACAUGCUAACACUAAUGAGAACAAGGCAUCUACUGAAGCACCAAAGAAUGCUCAGCAUCCCCAACCAUGGUGCGGACAACACUUAGCGACAGAUAAUGCUAACAAUAAGAACAUAUAUUCAUAUAGUAGUAUAAAUAAUAAGGAGAAAAGUCCCAUGUGGAGAAUAGCCGAACUUGCCCGAUAUCACAAGCUGAAGCACGAGUAUGCUUUGUUAGAUGAAAGCGGACCAGCUCAUAAGAAACUAUUCACUGUACGGUUAGUUUUAACUGAAAAUCAGUGCUUCGAAGGCAGUGGUGCUUCCAUAAAAAAAGCUCAACAAGCUGCGGCAGCCGUAGCAAUAAAAGAGACUACUCUCUCCUUCCCUCCCGAAAAAACUUUCAGACGGAAAAAAGAAGCUACUCCUCCUGAGUUACUUUCCUUUUUUGCUCGAAAACUGGAUUUGCCAGAUCCUAUCUAUAGACCUCACAUGCAACCAAAACCUCCUCGGACAAGAAUUCAAGGACCGUUCGUUUCCAAAUCGAUGCCAAAACCCCCCUUCUACCCUAGCCCCUACUCUGACAUGCCUGCAACAGGAUUCGGACAAAGGGGAAUGGUUCCUUGUAUACCCACUUCUCAUCCUCCCCCACCCAUAAUGAGCCACCCUCCCCCUUCUACUCGUAUUCAACCAGGUUUAAUUUCUUCUAAUGUGCCUUCCUGUGUGCCUGUCUAUCCCUUUGAUUCUCAAGAACGUGUAUGCCUUAUAAGUGUAAGUAUUGGUCCGGGACAAGUAUUCACCGGCGCUGGUCAAAAUUAUUAUCAAGCUAAAUCAAAUGCUGCCGCUCAAGCUCUUUGUUAUUUGGGUCCGGCAAUCGUUAAACUAGACUCUAAGCUUAAAGGUGAACAACAAUCAUCAAAUGAGCCUUUUGCUAUUGAAGACCUCAACAAAACCAUUGCCAAAAUGACUGUGGAAGAGCCUUCUUCCCCUCCUAGUGAUUCGGAGGAGCCUAUUGGCAAGAACAAGCAAAAGUCUGUUGUAAGCACAGUGCAUGAAUGUGCUCAUCAAAUGAAGCUUGAUGUUGAAAUUGAGGUUAUUACUGAGGAUGGUCCACCUCACGAAAGGAAUUAUGUUGUUCGCUGUGCAUUACGAAACGUAUCUGAGCAGGUUAUUGUUGAAAAUUUGGGAGAAGGACGAAAAAAGAAAAUUGCGACUCAACAAGCAUGUUUGGGUGUUCUGGACAAACUGAGAGAGCUUGAAAAUUCUCCCAUCUAUAUGGCAUCUUGUUUGUUUAAAGCUCAGAAAAGAACCAAGCCCGUUUCCAAAGAGAGUAAGAGAAAAACAAUCGUUAAGGAUAUGAAGAUGGACCCAUCCUAUGGUCAUCAGAUUAAUCCUGUAACGAGACUAGGACAGAUUUUGCAUGCGCGUAGUGAACCUGAUCCUGUUUAUACAGUUGUUGGGGAACACGGACAGAGCCGAUAUAAAGAAUUCAUCGUUGAGGCUCGUUGUAUGGAUACGUUCUGCACAGGCACAGGACCAAACAAACGCUUGGCUAAGCGGGCAGCAGCUGAAGAGAUGUUGGCUAAAUUAGGAUUUGUGAAACCUUUACCUGCUCCAGGAAAAGGCUUGUUGAAAAAGAAAUUAAGAUUGAGCCCCAUAGGUAUUUUUGAUCCGAAUGAAGUCAAUGAACCUCAAAGCUGCCCAGAAGAUCAAGUGAAAGCUAUCGAAGAAGAGGUCAUUCAAAUGGAAGAGUCGAGGUCACCAGUAACAGAAGAAGAAACACCAACACAAUCUGAGCCUAGUAGUGGUCAUGUUUCUCCAUCAAUGACAAAUACAUCGAGAUGUCUCCAGAGGCGUGUAACUUUCAGCAAUCAGGUUAAAGCCUGCCCUCCCCCAGACGAUGCCAAUUAUCCGCAGCCUGAAGUUGCUCCUCUAAAGGUUGAUGUUGUUGUUGAAGGCCGGCUUAAGCGAAUGCGAAAGAGCAAAGAUGGGAAACGGUGUUUAAAUGAUGUCGAAAAGGCCGAACUCACGGAGCUGGCAACUUCUUUCCUCUCUGAGUAUUGCGCAACUUAUCCAAACGCGUUUCCCAUGUCUACCGAAGCUACUGCCGGAAAAGAUUCGAUCCAUAUUUCCCGCGAAAAGUUAGACUUUUUCGCGGACAAGUUUAAGUUCUCUGUUCAGUACACUAACUUCCCGAAGUCUCCUGAUGGAUGUGAACAAUAUUAUUUUGCCUUAGUUACUCUGGGCUUGGAUAAGCCAGUAGUAUGUCAUGGCAGUGGUCUGACCGAUGAAGGAGCAGCAGAGAACGGAGCAUACAAUGCAAUUUGUAGAUUAGCAAAACUUGGUGAAGAUGAGAGCUCAACGAGCAACGUCGCUAAUUCUUAA